AUGCCGCAAAGGCGACAUCAUGAUCUUCGUGGAAAUCUUUAUGUAAAGUUUGAUGUAGUCUUCCCAAAUGAUCACUUUUUGGAAGACGACACGAAGUACAAGAAGAUUGAAACCGCAUUCCCACCACUCAGGAAAGUUGCAUAUCCGUCGAAUUGUGAAGAGGUGUCUUUGAUGGAAUACGAUGAGAAGCGGUAUCGUGGCGGCAGAGGAGGAGGACAAGCUUAUGAAGAAGACGGAUCGGAUGAAGAAAUGGGUGGUCAUCACGGGCCUCAGGUGCAAUGUGCACAAAGCUAGAGUCAUUCUCAAAUCUUCUCGUUUUUUUCUUAUUUUCUCUCGAAUCAUUUGGCGAUACUAUGCUUUGAUUGUGAUCUUUAGAUACUAAUGACUUGGUGAAAUUGUAUUCAGUAGUUAUUCGAAUGAAUGUGCUGUUUAACGCUGUCCUGAAAACAUUUGCUGAAAAUGAAUGUCGUUUACUUCAUUUAAAUCGCUUGUAUAGUAUUCUUUCUUGCUUCUGCAAAAUACUAGCAAAUUGUUUAGUUUUCUCAUCAUAGCUAAUGUACUAGUGAUGAGUCCAGGUAAAUUGAUUGACC